AUGGAAAUGUUUGUGCUACUGUUUAUGAUAUUAUCAUAUGUGCAUGCAAACCCAUGUACCAAGGAACAAAGUGUGAACAUAACAGAGGGUGUUCUUUAUGAGAAUAAGUCGAUCAUUCAUGAUGGAAUCGAGUAUGUCAGUGGUUCUUGGUACGAGGAGAAUAAUGAUGGUGCUAUGAAUCUUUUCGGUUGUCCGUGUAUUGGUCGUAUCUGCUUAUGGAAGUGCUGUGACAAAGGCCAGAUGUACGUUAACAGAAGCUGCACUGAUGUUGAUAGAGAUGUGGUCCAUCCAUUUAAUCCUCCACUAUUUAAAGGAAGAGACCCAUCAAACUUAACAGCCGUUAAGAAUUUCUUCUUUAUGUAUCUCCCGUCUUGUCCAAAGUAUCUGGUAGAUUCUAACAACGCUGGCGAAGAGAUUUUCCUCCAAGAAAAUGGGACUUUAUUCGAGAUAGCCUUCAAACUUCCUCAAUGGCAUGUUCCUUCUCGUUUCUGUCUUGAUAUGUUCGAAGAUUCUGCUCCAGUGAGACUAAUGGCCGGCGUCUGUUACCCAGAUGAAGAUGAUAGUAGUGACAGCCGGCUUUUGUUCAUCGCGUAUGGUGUUGGUUUAAUGCUGUCGGUACCAUUUCUAUUAGCUACAUUUCUGGUAUACGCCUUCAUACCAGACCUAAGAAACCUUCAUGGUAUGUGCUUGAUGGCGUAUUGUGGUGGGCUGAUCGUAGCCUACCCUUUCCUGGCCUACCUCAAGUUCCACACUGGAAAAAUUGGUGUAGAAAUGACGGGAUGCUAUACUAUUGCUUUCAUUGUUUACUUCGCUUUCCAAACCAGUUUCUUUUGGCUGAAUGUCAUGUGCUAUGACAUUUGGAGGACUUUCAGUGGCUAUCGAGGUGGAAGUACGAAUAAACGUAGAGACCAAAGAAGAUUUCUCGCUUACGGAGUUUACGCUUGGGGCGUGCCAGCAGUGUUAACAGCUAUCACUAUUGCUAUGGAGUUCAGUAAAGAACUACCUGAUAACAUCAUUACACCUGGCUUUGGCAGCCAACGAUGCUGGUUUGACGAUUGGAUGAGCGAGCUCGUGUACUUCUUUACACCGGUUUUCGUGCUAGUGGUGUGCAACGCGACUUUAUUUACCGUCACAGCUUACCGGAUAAGGUCAAUCAGACAGGAAACAGCUAUUCUGAAAGGCUCUGAAUCAUCUCGCAGUGACAAGCUAAAGAUGGACAAACAGAGGUACGGAUUAUAUUUGAAGUUGUUCGUGGUUAUGGGCAUCAAUUGGACCGUGGAGGUGAUAAGCUUCGCUGUGGGCGGCUCAAACUGGUACUGGAUCGUUGUCGAUCUGUGUAAUAUAGCGCUUGGCGUCUAUAUAUUCUUUAUUUUCGUGUGGAAGAAGAAAGUUCGGAACUUGAUUCGUAAAAAAUUCCGUAGCAUCCGCGGCGUGCCAAUGCCUGAAGGUUCAGGAAAAUGGGUGACACGCUCAAGUUCGGCGCCAACAGAGGACACACGCGUCACAGACGAAACAGCCAUACGAUUAAAGGACAUGAACUAG